AUGAUACUCAAGAACAUCCCUUCAGUACGGCCAAAUCCUCACAUAUCAACUCCCUUCCGGCCAUUGGAAAAGCCCGUAUUUAGUCGACUGUCCUCAUGGAGAGAUUUGCCGCACAUAACUAACAAGCUGCUUCCAAGGUUGGCCACAGACAUCCGUGGUAUUGACUCUGCCGCUUAUAGUUAUGUGGACCGCAAACGGAUGUGGCGAACUUUGCCUACUGUCGUCCAAAACAAAUUCUUCACCCUCAAAUUCUUUCCCGCUCUGCACCAUGUCUGUAUGGCCCGCAAAUCCAACAUAGCGUACACGUUUACCAACUUCAGCGGGCCGGUUUUAAACGACCCUGAUCUUCUGGCUCUCUUCUCCAAAUACUCAGGCAAGUACAAAAACCUAAAUUUCUUCAAAUCACAGCCUACUCCUUUUGGCACUGCUGCUCUGCGAAUCAGAAACAGAAAGUUUAUCAAGCGCACUUUGUUUGCAGCUUUACACAGUGUUCUACCUCAGCCGCUGGCUCUGGAUAUAUCUGCAGUUAGUGGAAUUUGGUUCUUCCGGUUUGCUGCAUGCGCUGCCACUUCUGAAGACAUUCUACUUGUCGAGAGAGAUCUAGAGAAAGCUGUGUCCGAAGUGCUUCGAAACAAGGCAUUUGCUAAACAAGUGGCAGACGUUACCAAUCAACAUAAUCUGAACCAGCAAGGUGUCAAACAGCUUUUACGGGAUGUGAAACUAGAGAAUACUUUGGGCGCAUCCAGAGUGCCUGGUUACUACCCCAAGUUGCCAUUUAUCCAUACGGUUAACCGCCACUAA